AUGACCGUGCAGCGCCCGUCGUGGCCGCCGCUGUACUUCCCGCACUUCCACGGCACGGAGCCGGUGCCACGGCCGGCGGGCGGCGCCUGGGCCCCGCUGGCCGCGCUGUGCUGGCCGUGGCAGCCGCUGCCGGCCGCGGCCGGGCCCCCGCGCUACGCCGCGCUGCCCGCGCCCGUGGUGCCGGAGCCGCCGCGCCUCUGCUGCCCGCCCGCAGCGCCGCGGGCCGGGGAGGCGGCGCGGCGGCCCCCGGAGCUGGCGCAGCUGCAGCUGCAGGAGGAGAUGUGCGAGCUGGGCAUCCGCCUCAAGGAGCUGGAGCUGGCGGCGCUCAUCGGCGACGGCUUCGACGCCAGGCAGUAUAAAAUCCUGAAGGCACUGGAAGAAAAGAAGAUACAAAGCAUGAAAGCAAUGCAGAACAUGAAGUAA